GUAAUGAAUCUCAAUUCCACACACGUUCUUUCCGAAAAUCGUGUAUAGGGUUCUGCUCGUCGAGUAACACAGGCACAAUGUCAGCCGAUUUGCAAUGGAUGCUUAUCAGGAACAAUUCCUGUUUUCUUGUAAAAAGCCUUGGAAUGACACUUACCAAGGAACCAAACAACAUAAAGAAACUGAACUGCUUUAAAGGCAAUGGGCUGGUCCAUUCAAAGGCUGUGAGUGUGGAAGCAGCCGCUGAUGGCAAAGGUGUGGUCCUUUCAAUGAAGAGAAAGCAAGGAAAGAACAAGCCUGUCAAAAUGAUCAAAUCAACAACCAUCAAGCGAGGAGGUAGACAUACAGUCAAGACCAUCAAGAACACAUUGGGCAAAAGCCGCUACCGAUCAGAUCUCAUGGAUGCUGCAUCACGAAGAGCCUGUGCUAUCAUCAAAAGCCAGUCAACAUCAGCUGUUGUGAAGAAGAAGAGGAGUCACAGGAAGAGAAACUAAAUUGUUUUGAGAAUCGAAAAUCUGAUGUUUCAA